GUUUCCUGCAAUAGAAAGUGAGAGAGAAGGUGAAGGGAGAAAACACAGAGCUGUAUCCCCCCCCCCUCCUCCUCCUCCUCUUUACGCUAAAAGGUGUGUUACAACCCUGCACCUGUGAGUAUUAAUACAUUCACUUUAGGUGCGCUUGUUUUGUUUUUCUGCGUGUUUUUCAAUCUGGAGCCGGAGCGGGGUUCUGUCACUGAUAUAGGUCGCUGUCGGUAGCUGCAGCCUGAGAGAGGAGGACAUGCUUUUAUCGGUGUCCGCCGUGUGUCUCUCGUCCGGUUUUAGCCUACCGUGAACUUUGAAGCAUCUUUUUUAGUUUUAUCAGGUGGAGGCAGGUGCGCCGUUUUUUUUUUUUUUUGGCGCAGUGUUUCCUGUGUGGACUUCUGCAGCAAACCGUGCUCCGAGGAGGCAGCUUGAGCUCUCCGGUGCUUCUCUACGCAGCGCUCUUUGUUGCUCUUUUGCACUGUAGUAUCAGGGUGUUUCCUCACAUAUCUGUGCACACACGCGCACGCACGCACAGAGACACGCAGACAAGCUGGCAGACGGACUGACAGACACGCCUGAGGAAAUGUGCACGUCUCCCUCCUCCGCGCCGUCGAACCUGCACCGAAACAAAAUCGUGCAUCAGUGAGAGGAGCCAGGGCAUCGAACGCAGUCAGAGUGAAAACAAUCCCCCGUGAAGAUGUACCCAGACUGCGGCUCAGGAGUCGACUCUUCUCAAGGUCCAAUGCUAGAAACCGCUUUCCCCAAGAUGCACCUGUGAACUGAGGCGGAAAGAUGCCGCGCACCAAGCAGAACAACCCGAAAAAUUUAAAAGAUAAAAUCGAAGAGGCACAGAAAGAGCUUAAAGACCCCAAAGGCUCACAGAAAGGGAUAUCUGAAAGCAGUCGAAGAAAUGCAGAUAACAUAAAAGGCCUUAAGAGGAAAAAGGUUGUUGCAGAGAAUCGGCUGGACAAAAUUCCAAAGUCUCCAGUGAAGAAGCCGCUACAGUUAAAAACAUCUGAAACUGGUGCACCAUCCAAGGAAACUACACCUUCUGGCUGCUCCUCCUCCAACAGUCCUUCCCACCAUCCUUCAACAUCACCCAGUGGGAAAAGUGACCCACAAUAUGCCCAACCAGUUGCAGCAUCCCCUCACAAGGGGUCAUUUUCCACUGACGCUGAAAGGCUGAAGGAGGAAGAAAGGUCCUCUAGGCAACCAUCACUUGAGCCCACUGAUGGUGAGGAGGGCUCUUUGAUUACUGCUAAAGUGUCUCAGCCCAAAGACAGCAAGAGCCAAGACCCCAGCUUUGAGGGAGAUCCUUACCACAGCAGUGCACCACUUGAUGUUCUACUUAAGGCCAUGGAGCCUGACUUUAGUACACUGGCUGAGAGGAAAAACUCAUUGCAGGCCAUCGGAAAACCAGCUUCCACCCUUAAUGCUCAAUCUAGUGGUGAAUUAACAACAAUGCCAGCUGUCAAUGUUGGUCUCCAGACCCAACCUUCCCAUAUGCAGACUUAUUAUAUUGACAAACAAGGCAACUUUAUUGGCAUUGCUGCACCACUACAGGGAAAUGUGCAGACAUCUACACAGGUUACUCCCAUGCAGUCCUCUCCGCUUGCUACACCGCAUUUUAUGCCCGUUGCUUCAAAUCCAGAAAAACCUAGCUUGCACAUGAGCUUUAAUACUGGACCAUCCACUAUAACCCAUGCACCUGUUCCCUCAGGCUCCAAUACUUUGCCACAAAGCCAACCACCAGUUGUGCACACAUGCCAGUCCCUUUCAGCAAGUGUUCCCAGCACCAUUCAGGUCCCAGUUACACCUGGCAGCAACCAGGUUCAGAUGACCACUGUAAUGAACUUUGGUGCUGAACAGCAUUACAAGGACCAAAAGCCUAAGAAACCAGGAAAGUAUGUUUGUGAAUACUGCAGCCGGGCAUGUGCAAAACCCAGUGUGCUGCUCAAACAUAUCAGGUCUCACACAGGAGAAAGACCAUACCCCUGUGUUACUUGUGGGUUCUCAUUCAAAACCAAGAGCAACUUGUACAAGCACAAGAAAUCACAUGCACAUGCUAUAAAACUGGGUCUCAUUGCACGCUCUGAAUCUGGAGGUGGAUCGUUAUCUCAAGAAUCUGACAAAGCCCUUGGAACACAUUCUGAGGCGGAGGAGAGUGGGGACAGUGAUGAGGAUGGCAGUACUGCAGACUUGGACCCUGACUCAUCACAGAGCAGUGUGGCAGCUCUGUCUGAAAAUAGUUUACAGAGUGCAGGUACAACCCAAGCAAGCCAUGGGGAAGCUGACUCAUCGGCUGUGUUUGAGUCAAUUAAACCAGCCCCUGGUCAGAGGGCUCAUGAGCCCAAAGUGACAGCUGCACUUCCAAAAGUUGUUGUAUACCCAGUUAAUGUCUCUCCGCUGAGGGCAGAUAGCCCGAGAGUUACAGGUGCAGCACCUGAGCAAGCUGCUGCACAACGACAACGAGAAUUUCAGACUGCCAAUCUGAGAUCAAGCAUCACAGUCCUGUCAUCUCUUAAAGAGGUGGAUGGUACAAAUCCCUCACUGGACAUUGUGAGUGAAGACGAAGACCAACAGUGCAAGUCUCCACUGUUGGGUGGACAUGCUCAGCUUCAGAGGCAACAAGCAACAGACUUUUCUCAACAGCAACAGACUAAGUGUCUACUUAGUCCCCGCAGUUUGGGAAGUACAGAUUCUGGCUAUUUCUCACGUUCUGAAAGUGCUGACCAGGCAAUGAGUCCACCCAGUCCAUUUGUUAAGAUAACUCCACCAGUGGACAUUGACAUUGCUAAGAAUGCUCUUCCCAAUCUCCCUCCUGUGGUUGCCACAGUAAUGCAUGUAGCAGCUGAGCAAAAGGCACGGGCCACAGAAGGACAGAUGCGUCCACCAUUAGAAGUCAAAGCACUCUCUCUGGAAGAACGAAUUUCAAAGUUGAUAUCUGAUAAUGAGGCAGUUGUUGACAACAAGCAGCUGGACAGUGUGAAGCCAAGGAGGACAUCUCUCUCAAGGAGAGGUAGCAUAGACUCCCCUAAAUCAUACAUAUUUAAAGACUCUUUUCAGUUUGAUCUUAAACCAAUGGGAAGAAGGUCAAGUUCAAGCUCAGACAUCCCUAAGUCCCCAUUCACUCCCACAGAUAAAUCAAAGCCAGUAUUUCUUCUCUCUGUACCUUCUCAAUACCCGCCAAUGGAUUGUUUGCCAAUAACGAGGAGUAACUCUAUGCCUACUACACCAGGACACGCUGCUCUUCCCCUUAAUGUUGCCCCCCUGCCCCACCCUUUGCGAAUUUGUCAGUCAUUUGAUGACAAAAUUAGUUCGUUGAAUGAUGAUGUAUUUUCAUCAGCCCCAUCAACCCCAAAUCCAGCAAUACAUUCUCGUACCUUAGUCAGACAAGCAGCAGUGGAGGACUUUUCUACAAGUGAGGGGCAUGGCCUCCCUACUGUUCGCUCCAUGGAUGAGGGCUAUCAUGGUCCAAGCAGUUCUACAGAACUGAUGCAAAGAAGCAGAUCUUUUGAGCACCAUCAGGACAGAAACAGAAAGCCUCAGCAGAAUAAAGGCACAAUGUAUGAGUGUGAAACUUGUCGGAACCGGUACAGAAAGUUAGAGAAUUUUGAAACUCAUAAGAAAUUCUAUUGCUCUGAGCUUCAUGGUCCAAAAAACAAGCCAAUCGCUGUUAAAGAAACUGAUCAAGAUGUUUUUCAUGUUAACAUACCGCAGCCCAUAGUCCCUAGAUCAGCUAGUGGUUCGGGAAUACUUGAUCAACAGACAUCAAUUAGGAAGAGAAGGAAAAUGAAAAGUGUCGGAGAUGAGGAUGAUCAAUCUCCUACUGACACCAUUCCACCUUGUUCAGUUAGUUUUGAGCUACCAACAGCUCUGGCAAGUCAGACCUUUUCUCAGCAUGCUGUAAUAGUAGACAUACAGCCCAAGAACAACCAGUCAAAGCUACCUCAGAUUCAGCUCGUAGCAAGAGGUAUUAAUACUUCAGAUUCCAGACUGUCACCAAUACGAGAGACCCAAAUCAGCACCUCUACUAAAGGAGACCUGCAAAGGCAAGGCAGUGGUACUUCAGUCAUUAGACACACCAACUCUCUCAGCAGACCCAAUUCAUUUGAGACAGAAUCUAUUGACAGGGCCUCUCCUGUUGAUAGUAUGGAGAAGGAUACCCUGAACAAGCUCAAAACAGAUGCAAUAGCAAAUGUCUCAGCUGACACCUACCAUGAAAAAAUAUCCAAACCCAAGAGUGCUGACUAUGGAAAACAAAGGAAGGAACAAUGCACUGAUGGAGCAGUAGCAGCAGUUGGUGAAAACUCUACUCCUGUCCAUCAGUCUCGUCUAGUUCGUCAAAAUAACAUCCAAGUUCCUGAGAUUCUGGUCACAGAGGAGCCCGACAGGGAGCAUGAAACACAGAGUACUGAGCCAGCAGAAAAGCUUGCAGAUCAGUUCAACUGGCCUCAGAGAAGUGAGAGUUUAUCAAAGUUACCAGCAGAGAAACUUCCACCAAAAAAGAAAAGAAUUCGUCUUGCUCAAAUGGACCACUCCUCAGGUGAAUCCAGUUUUGAGUCCAGUCUCUCGCGAAGCCUCAGCAGGGACAGUAGUCUUUCUCGUUGUUCCAGCAUCUCAGCCUCUUUGGACAGAGAUGAGCCAUCUAGGUCAGAGAGUCCUUCUAGAGGGGAGUGUGUCAGCAAAAUUUCAGAGCCUCAUGGUUUGCCAACAGCCUUCAACACCCUUGGUGUUCCUGGAAUGAUGAGGCGUGCCGCAUCUGAACAGAUCACUUGUACGCAACCCUCUGUGGAGAUUUCAUCUGACUACCGUAGCAAGUCCUUUGACUGUGGCAAUGUAUCUCCCAGAAGAUCUCUGUCACCUGUUGGCCAGCCGAAAAGUGGACAAAUCUCCCAGGUUCCCCAGGUGCCACUCAUUGAAAGAAGGCGGGGGCCAUUAGUUCGUCAAAUGUCUUUAAAGAUAGGCCCAGAGAGUCAACAACCUGUUCGGAAAGUCAUACCUCUUGACAAACCUCCCAUUACAAAUGUUAGCUCUUUAACUCAGAAUAGAUCCCAGCAGAUUCACAUUGCCAAUAGGCGCACCAUGGCUCAGCCUUUUAUCCUGCAUACUGGAGAACCACCCCUGCAAAAGAAUGAGCAAAUGGUGCAAAGCAUUCAUUUGGGUAGCCCAACUCAGCAGCCUCAAGUCCAUGGCCUUCCACACCCUUGGCAUCAAACAUCAAGGGUUCAAAUAUGCCAAAAGAUACAACAACCGCUGAGCCAGAUCUUAGUUUGUCGUGAGAAUGUCCAAAACAAACCAGCCGACUCUGAAGAAAAGAAAUGUUUUGUGCCCAAAUACCAACUGCAGUGUCCUGCUCUGAGAACAAGCCAAACAUUUUCAUUCUCCAACACGCAGGGAACUCAGAUAGCCUUGCCAGUUUUAACAAUACCUAUUGCCAAUCCAAUUUUGAGCAUGUCAAAAUCGUCAGAUGUACUCCAAAAUGUAUAUGUUGCUCAAGCCAAUCAACAGGCCUCUGAGAUUAAGACACAGACUGUUGUUCUGUCAGGUGAACAGCAUAGGGACCCAUUUGAUCAGACCCAAGCAGGUGCUUUACCAUUGCCACGGAUCCUCAUAACUCAUGAGCAGAUGCACCCUGCUCCCUGUGUGUCCAAUAAAAAUAGCAUCUCAUCCAAUCACAGUGUAGAUAGUGAUAGCCAUGCUGUACCAACUCCAAAGAAGGAUAGGACUCAAACUAAAACAGUCAGCACUCAUAACCAUGCUGGAGAACGAGCACCUUCUCUUGGGUCUUUGCAUUGCACACAGAAACUAGCAUCAGUAACUCUAUGCCCACAGCAGGAACCCACUGCCUCAAGUAAACGAAUGUUGUCACCUGCCAACAGCUUGGACAUCUACAUGGAAAAGCACCAAAAACGGGCUAAGGAUGAGCAUGGUGUGGCCUGUCUAACUGAUGGCAGGUCAGUCAAUUAUCUUAAUUCCAAGAUGUCAGAGGUUACCAGACAGCGGAAGCUAACACUUGUUAGGCAGGUUUGCACAACGGAACCGGUGGACAGUCCCAUUGAAACUGAGGCCCCACCUCUACUGCAGGUUAAAUCAGAUGGGGAGAAGGACUCAGAGGCUACUGAUGACGUUAAGCCUAUGUCACCUGACAGUGCUGGGCUGGAAAAAGACACAAGCAUUGUUAUUCAUGAGGAGGCAGGUCCUGCCCUGAAUACUACACGUGGUAGCCAGGGCACCUCCAUGCCAGCUAAUAACACUCUGAAGCCCCAAGAGAAAGCUGAGGAACAGAGGUGGACUCCUGCCAAAUCUCCGAUCAGGCCCUGCAGUUUCCACGGUAGUCAGAUGAAACUGACGACAUCUGUGUCUGUGGUUAACACAAAAGACAGUCAUCGCCUGUCUUUCCCCAGCCUGAAGACUGCCACCACUUUCACAUGGUGUUUCUUGAUGAAGAGGAAACCUCUUCAUGUUCCACAGACUGACCUGAAGACUUCAGCAUAUGCUGUCUGGACAGUCAACCCCAACAACCAUAACCCACUUGGGUUGCCCACCAAGGUGGUCAUGUCUCUGUUUGACUCCAAGCAGAGCUCCAAGAAAAUACACUACACCUCAGCCAUAAGAACUAGUGGGAAAUCUGACAUCUUGUCUUACUCAGGCAAGCUGAAAGACGUCAUGCCCAGGGUGCCAAUAACCCAGAAGUCUAUAUCAGUUGAAACCAGAAGUAAAGUGCAACCAGAAACUCAGGCCAGCAACGAAUCAGACAAGGACUCUGCCUCUAAAACAGAACCAAGACGGGUCAAAAUAUUUGAUGGCGGAUACAAAUCUAAUGAGGAGUAUGUUUACGUACGUGGGCGUGGACGAGGUAAAUACAUCUGUGAGGAAUGUGGAAUCCGCUGCAAAAAGCCCAGCAUGCUGCGCAAACACAUCCGCACCCACUCUGAUGUCCGGCCAUACCACUGUGUCCACUGCAACUUCUCCUUCAAGACAAAAGGAAAUCUGACCAAGCACAUGAAAUCCAAGGCCCACAGUAAGAAAUGCAUGGAGAUGGGGGUUCCUGCGGGUCUCAUUGAGGAUCAGGAUGCAGAGGACUCAGGAGACCGGAGUCAGGUCAGCAGUGCUGACCGUCAAGAUUCAGAUGGUGAUGAUUCUGAUGGACCUGAUGAUGAGGAGAAUGAUGACAACGAGGAGGAAGAGGAGGACAGCCAGGCAGAGUCUGGCCUGUCUACCAACCCUUCUGUCUCCGCCAGCCCGCAGCAUAUCCCUUCCAAAGAGGCUGAAGUCCCUCCUAGCGCCCUCCUAGCCCAGAUGUCAAUCAGCUCAGUCUCUCUACAUCUCUCCCAGCCUCCAGCUCCUGAAUCCCACACAUCAGACUCAGAAUCUGUCCCCAUGAUGAGCCCUGUGUCCCUGAGCAAGCAGAUAUCCAUCUCUGGGUCCUGCUACAGCCCAAUGCCCCUCCCUUACUCUCCUCUGCCUGUUGCCACCACAUCCGACUCGUACACCUCAGACACAGAGUCAGUGCACAUGAUGAGCCCAGUGUCACCAUGCAGGCAGAUGUCCAUCGACUACCCUGACUUUGAGGUGCCCCCUAGUCCCCCAGUGCCAGGCAAGGUCUCCAAGCUAGGCCAGGACACCACCUCUGCCACUCCUGCUGUGGUAACCAGUGAAGUAGGCAUACCAGUGGACCGGAGCACUCAGACUUCCUCCUAUGCUUCUCAUGGUCCCAUGCACUUCCCCCCACAGGGUUUAUCCCAAACACCAGGAACAGAGACCCAGACCCACCUGUUCAGUCACCUGCCCCUGCACUCCCAGCAGCCUUCUCGCUCCUCUUACAGCAUGGUCCCAGUUGGGGGGAUCCAGCUGGUGCCCGCUGGCCUGGCAGCUUACUCCACCUUUGUACCAAUCCAGGCUGGCCCCGUCCAGCUCACCAUACCUGCAGUGAGCGUCAUUCACAGAAACACAAGCCCGUUACCAGCUCAAAACACUCCACUCAAACCAGAGGGUUUGCAAACCCAGCCACUUGUGGUCCAGGAACCAAUCAGUAGUGUUGUGCCCUGCUUCCCCCUAGGGCAGGUCACUGGCCUGCAGGCUCAAACAAUACAGCCAGUAGGUCUGGAGACACUUAACCUCAUGGGGCUGACCAACACAGGCCUGGCAUCCACCCAGCUGCUGAACCAGCAAGGGCUCACCCUCAAUGCCACCCUCGGGCUUCAGGUUUUAGCUGCCAACCCCACCUCCCAAAGCAGCACCGGCCCCCAGACACACGUCCCAGGCCUGCAGAUAGUUAACAUCGCCCUGCCUGCCAUCAUUCCUUCUCUCAGCCCUCUAUCCACCCUUAGUCCUCUCGCUGGGUCCUCAGAGAGUCAGGGCAGCCCUGAAGCUCCAGGAGCACAGCCAUCUCAAAAUGAGCAUGGCCUUGGUUCUGUACAAAGCUGCAUGCCUGCUUCACCGACCACCCAUUUCAAGGUCAGCAGCUCUCCAGAAGUGACCUCAGGCAGCAGGGCUAGCCCCAGAGUUAGCAGCGGAGCAGAGCUCAUACAGACUGUUGAGAGGGAAGAAAGAAAGAAAUCCCCACAGCAACAUCAAUCACCAGCUCCUGAGAGCCGAGCAGACAGUGCUAAGGAGUCACCAGUUGAGGGAGCUAGUGAUCCUGCACAUCCUAGACCUCCGCCAGUGACCAGCUGGCAGAAGGUAAUUGAUGACUAUAAUGAGGUAUCCAGUGAUGAUGAAGACAGACUGGUCAUUGCCACCUGAAAACCCCACGUGGAAAGCUCUUCUUGUUCUCUUUUUGUAAUUCUUGUCACUUUGUAAGACUGAUAACACUUUUCAGGGGUUUGUUUCUUUGCAAAUCACCUUUCAAAGCACAGAUGCUGACAUUCAUAUUGUAUGUGCAAUCACAUGAUAAUUAUAAUGAUGACCAAUCAUUUUAUUUUUUACUUUUUUUUGUCAGCUCCAGACAGUUUCUUGUUUUGUACAUGUUGUAUAGACAAUUGUGCCUUUAUGGAGUUUCUUGUUUAGGAACCUGUACAUAAUUCCUUAUAAAUUCAGUAGUUGCUUGUGUUUAUUUCAAAAAAAUAGAAGUAAAGAGAGGCAUAUGGAGGAUAUCAAUUUUAUUUUGGAGGAUUUGUCAUUCGUAAAUUUAUGGAGUUAUAAAUGUUGUACUGGUAUAUGUACAUUUCUAUGGAUUAUGGGGCAAUGUUUCUGUGUACAGAUGUUGUGUUCAACUAUUUAUUAUAAUCCAUCUAGUGCCCAUUAUGAUUCAUAAGUCCAUAGGUAUGUGCAUUAUGGUAGCUUUACAUUGCUGUAUCAAUAUUCUUAACUGUAUAAGUAAAAAUUUGUUUACAAACAUUGAA